AUGGAACUAAUGAUUUUGGGCAAAAGCCACCUAAAACUCUCCAAGACAAACUCCUACGACGGUUGGAUCUGGGCUUGUGUGUCAAUGUGGGCCUUCGACCGCUUCGCCCGCCUCCUCCGAGUGAUAAUCCUAAACGCCCGAGCCUUCUCCAAGGACCCAGCAAACCACCACCUCGCGCGGGCGAAAUUCGUAAAGGGAACUGACAUCAUUCAGUUAACGGUGUACCCGUCGGCGGAGGACGUGGGGUACUUCCCCGGGGCCCACUUUUUCGUCUUUCUGACUGGAAGCUGGAGGUUCUGGGAAUGUCACCCGUUUACAGCUGCGGAUUGGAGGCCUUCGGGACCGACGCUCACCGGGAUGCCACAGAGGACGCCGUCGGGUGCGAGGUCGUUGUCCGAGAGUCUGGCAGAUUCUCUAAAUGGGUCCUUGAGUAAAGAGAUUGGUAUUAGAAGUGGAGCGUCGAGGAGCAGGGCAGUGGUCGGGAGGGGUGGAAGUGGGAGAAGUAUGAGUGGGAGGAACGGUGGCAGUGGCGUUAACAGAAGCGGCAGUGGAAGAAGCGGAGUGACGCGAAGUGGGAGCGCCCGAAGCGCCCGAAGCGGUAUAACAAGAAGCGGUAGCGGAAGGAGCAAGAGCAGCAGAAGCGAAAGGGAAAGAAGUAGAAGCGGGAGGGACAGGAGCAGAGGCGGCUCAAGAGAUAGAACAAGACUCCGGGGCGGAGAGUUAAACCCCGACGACCUCCGCGGUUGCGACCUAGGACUCCGCGGCGGUGGUCUGGACAUCGAGGACGCCGAAGCGAUCCUCGGCCUCCGCGGUGGUGGUGGUGACCUUCACAGGCAAAAGUCAAGAAACAUAUACAUCGUCAAGCAGAACGGGAAUCAGGGGAGCAUAUUCGUCGUGUCCGACACCGGAAAAGGUCGUCCCAUCCUCUCCGAUGCUCCGGGCGCAGAUGGCAUCGAGAGAAUCGGCACACCAAGAGGCGGCCUAGAACGUAGCAAAUCCGAGUUAGCCCGCAGCAAAGAACUAGCGAAAGCAAAGAUCGCGAAAGCCCAGGAAGUAGCACGAGCAAAAGAAGCCGCAGCAAAAGCCAAAGAAGCGAUAAGAAUCUACGAAUUGACGAAAGCAAAAGAACUUGCAAAGGCCAAAGCCGAACUUGAAAAAUUCAGGCAAGCAGUCACCCCACAACCCGAGAACCCAGACAGCGAGAAGAGGCCUGCUUCUCCUGAAGCCGGUAGCGAGAGCGAUGAACCUCCUAAAGAGCCCCCCCUCAAUAAAGAAAAAAAGCCAGUAAGGGCUAUUAAAGAAGCCCCGCCAAGACCCGAAUCAUCGAAAAGAAAGCCGAAACGCACCCACUCCAAGACAGAAACCAGUGAAGAGCGUGCAGCAACGCGCGAGAAACGCGCAGAGAAGCGGCGCAAGCGCCUCGCGGAAAAGGACGAAGAGCCCGAAAUUAAGCUGGACACCAACACAGAGGAGAUCAAUACUGGUGCGGUCGAGAAGUACGUCCCUGACCUCCGCGGCAUAAACGAAGACGAAGACGACGACCUGGACCCGGAGAAACUAGCCUUAGAACUCGCGCUGGGUAACGACGACCUGGAUGAUGACGAAGAUGAAGAUGAAGGCAUGUCUAUAGAAAAAGAGCUAGAAAUGCUUAAACAGCGCCAACGCGAAGAGGCAGAAAACCGUCGUCGCGCAAUAGAACUCGAAGAAGAUCAAGGAGAUCUCUCCCAGAUCCUCCUCACCACGCGCACCGGCGGCUCCGUGAACCGUCCACCGGGGCACGGUCGCGGCCCGCCGCGGCCAAAACUAACCUUCUUGAUAAAGCCGAGAAAAGGCAUGACGGCCACGCUGGCGGGCAUGAUCCGCGAGAACGACGAAGCGCAAAGGCGCCGGGGCAUCACGAGGAUUAGAGAGUUGGAGAUAAAGUGCCUUAUUGAAGGCGCCUACGGGAUUAAUCGACCCAUGCACUUGUUCGAGACCGCGGUCGUGAUUGCCGGCGGCGUAGGAGUGACCACCAUACUCCCGUAUUUGGCCGACUUUGUCGACCGCUCGCGUGGAGCCGGCCCCGAUAAUCGCACGCUCACGCGCCGGUUUGUCUUCGUGUGGACCGCGCGCGAGGAGGAGCUUGUCGAGAAUGUCGUUGUCAAGAGGUUCCCCAAGGGUGUGCUUAAUCGGGAGGAUGUGAGUUUGCAGUUGUACGUUACGAGGAAGAAGGCCGAGGGGCAGAAGAAGUUGCCCGGCGUGCGCUAUCGUAGGCCGAAUAUCCCAGAUAUCCUCGCGGCAGAGAGGAAGGGGUUGGUGGGGAGGAUGGCGGUGCUCUCGUGUGGGCCUUCAGUGCUCGUCGAUAUUACCAGGAAUGCAGUUGUGGAGUGUUUGACACAGGAGAGGAAGCAUGUGCAGUAUUUCGAGGAGAGUUAUGGGUGGUAG